UUACAGAUAUCUAAAUAUAUGGGUAUAGUGAGAGACAAUAUAUUUAAAUGUUACUCAUACAAAUUAAUUAUAAUCAUGGUCAAAAUGUGGACAAGUCUUGUACUAGUUGCUCGUUUUUAAAUUCUCAUCAUCAAGAUUCCCGCUACCUACUCCCCUAGUUGUAAAAUUCAUUUCAGCAACUAGAAGAUGGCUAUCUGAUUAUAAAAGUUAUUCUUUUUUCACGAUCUAUAAAUAAUUUCACCCUAACCCGCAGAAGAUUAGGAGUAGAAUGGCGAAGGAGAUAGUGAAAGAGCUUCUUCCUCUAAUUCGAGUGUACAAGGAUGGCAGCGUGGAGCGUCUUCUAAGCUCUGAAAACGUGGCAGCCUCCCCUGAAGAUCCCCAAACUGGAGUCUCAUCCAAAGACAUAGUCAUCGCAGACAACCCCUACGUCUCCGCUCGCAUUUUCCUUCCCAAAUCCCACCACACUAACAACAAACUCCCCAUCUUCCUCUACUUCCACGGUGGCGCCUUUUGCGUCGAAUCCGCCUUCUCCUUUUUCGUCCACCGCUAUCUCAACAUCUUAGCCUCAGAAGCCAACAUAAUAGCCAUCUCCGUCGACUUCAGACUCCUCCCACACCACCCUAUCCCUGCUGCCUACGAAGACGGUUGGACCACCCUCCAAUGGAUUGCUUCCCACGCCAACAACACCAACACCACCAACCCGGAGCCAUGGCUACUCAACCACGCCGACUUCACCAAAGUCUACGUAGGAGGUGAAACCAGCGGUGCUAACAUCGCACACAACCUGCUUUUGCGUGCAGGUAACGAAUCCCUCCCCGGGGAUCUGAAAAUAUUGGGUGGAUUACUAUGCUGCCCCUUCUUCUGGGGCUCGAAGCCAAUUGGGUCGGAGGCUGUUGAGGGGCACGAGCAGAGUUUGGCCAUGAAGGUCUGGAACUUUGCCUGCCCUGAUGCCCCCGGUGGAAUCGAUAACCCCUGGAUCAACCCCUGUGUUCCUGGGGCACCCUCUUUGGCCACUCUUGCCUGCUCUAAGUUGCUCGUUACUAUCACUGGCAAAGACGAGUUCAGAGACAGAGAUAUUCUCUACCACCACACCGUUGAGCAAAGUGGCUGGCAAGGUGAACUUCAACUCUUUGAUGCUGGCGAUGAGGAGCAUGCUUUCCAGCUCUUCAAGCCUGAGACUCAUCUUGCUAAAGCCAUGAUCAAACGCUUGGCUUCUUUUCUGGUUUGAUGGAUGGCUUGUCAUGAGAGAUUCCAAACAUAAUAAAUCGUGCGUGCCUUCACCUGUCUUGUCUACUACUCCAGUUUUAGAUUGAAUUUUAUGUUUUAGUUAUUAUUCAACAAAAACACAAUAAUUCCCUCUCCCUCGUUGUUUUUGUUUUUGUUUUUGUUUGUCACCAUUAUCGAUACCUAUCACUGUAUGUGGUCAUUAUUCAACAAAAGGAUGCCGUACACUCCUGAAUUAAUAUUUCAAUUUUCAAUUUA